GCAGUCAGAACCCAAACUCUCUGUCAGCUCUGGGCUCUCACAUUUGUUUGCUAUUAAUGUUGACUGGAUGGGAGGGGAGUUUCUCUCGCAGCGAACACUUGACUGUGUCAUAUUUCUGCUCCGGCUGCGGUGGAACAUGUCCAAAGCCCAUGGAGAGGCUUCAGCAGGAACAUUCCUGGAUUGUGUAGAAGCAUAGAAAGCACCGUCGUUGUUCUUUUGUUCCGACAGAACCAGAGAAGUGCUCCCAGGAUCCCCUCCAGUCAUAAGUGUCUCUGCAGUUGGAUCAUCCAGACAAAGAGCCUGGAGAUGCCCAUGAAGAGAGGAAGCCUUCUUCUGAUGGACAAGUCAAUGUAGCCACCUGGACCCGGUAUCAUUAGCUCUGGGUCUCCACCAACCCAAACAAAAGGAACAAAACCACGCCCAGAAAACAUAAGGACUUCCCUUCCACCUAAAAAACCCAAAAUCCAGGAUUUUAACAUCAAUGUUCUAAGUUCUGUCAACUUGUUUCUUCACUUGGGUCCAUUCAAAGGUCAACACAAGUCAACAAUGAAAGAUUUAUUUUGUCUUUCAGACGAGGAGCUUCUCCCAGAGGACGAUGAGAUGCCGUCAUUCAGUCAGAGACAAAAUGGCCGAGCGCGGACCAACUGCGCCAGAUGUCAGCGGAACCUCUCCCUACAGACUUCAGUCAGGGUUUUAUAUGUUUUCCUCGUGGUUCUCAUCAUCGCCGUCGUGAUUCUUGCGACAUUAGUGUUUCGGCGAGUGGAUACCUUGUACGAUGACUUUGCCGCGUCCCAGUCCUUCUAUGAGAAGAAGAUGGUGUCGGUUCAGGCAAACCUUCAAGAUCUUGACAUUAAAUCAGUGGGCAAUUGUUCCUUCUGCCACGAUGCCAGCCAACUGGGGGAAGAAAUCAGUAGACUCCGCAUGGAGCUGGAGGGGAUCCAGAAGAUGUUGUUGCAACAGGAGUUGGUUUUGGACCAGACAUCGCAAAGCCACCAAAUGCUCUUGUCUGCCAAUGGUGAGCUGGACAGUCAAAUCAUGAGUAGCAAUUUCACCCUGAGGCAAAUUAAUCAAACCCUGGGGCUUUUCCUGGCCCAAGUGAAAGGGUGGCAGACAUCAGCGGCAGAGCUGGAUACCUCUGUCAAAAACCUGGUCCAGGAAAGGUACGACAUUGGUUCUGCCGUCCAAUCAAUUAACUUCACGGUGAGCCAAACGUCAGAGUGGGUACAGGUCAUACAGAGAAAGACAGACGAGGAGACCCUCACUUUGCAGAAGAUCGUAUCUGACUGGCAGAACUACAGUAAGGUUUUUGGUGCAUUCAAGGCAACAUCGGGCAAAACCAUCGACUUGGUCAGAAACAUUCAGAGCAGCAUCGGCUCGACGGUGCAACGUAUUAGCCUCAACACAGAAGUCAUGCACGAUCUUGUUCUACAAGUCAUGGGGCUUCAGCUGCAGCUGGACAACAUCACUUCCAUCUUGGACGACCAUGACGAGAACAUGCAGGACCUUCAAUAUCACACCAAGUACACCCAGAACCGAACGGCUGAACGAUUCGAGAGCCUGGAGGGUCGAAUGUUUUCCCACGAAACGGAAAUCAGCACCAUAUUUAACAAUAUCAACGCUACGGACAACCAUGUUCAUAGCAUGUUAAAGUACCUGGAUGACGUUCGACUGUCUUGCACCCAUGGCUUUAACUCCCAUGCCGAGGAAUUAUAUUACCUGAACAAGACGAUGGCACUCAUGCAGGGCACCACUGAUUUGCUGAGGGAGAGGUUUGGCUUGAUGAAUGCACGAUUAGAGUUCGAUAUGCGGAAUUUGUCCAUGAUUAUGGAGGAGAUGAAAGUGGUGGACGUCAAGCAUGAAGAAAUGCUGCAGAAGGUCACCAUUGUCCAAGGGGCUCCUGGUCUUCCUGGGCCAAGAGGAAGUAAAGGAGACACAGGAAGCAAAGGUCCCUUGGGUCCCAGAGGGGCAAAAGGUGAUCCAGGGGAACUAGGACCUCAAGGGCCACAAGGAACAAGAGGAAUAGCUGGUGAUAUUGGACCUCAAGGAGAAAAAGGACCAUUUGGAAUAAAGGGGACAUCUGGGAUUAAAGGUGAAAAAGGCAGCAUGGGCCUUCCAGGUCCUAAAGGUCAAAAAGGAACAAAAGGUGAUGUUGGGCCUCCAGGGCCUGGUGGACCCCCAGGUGGAAUAGGACCCCCAGGGCUUCAGGGAAAACCUGGCCUCCAAGGAUUGAAUGGCUUUACUGGUGAAGAUGGACCAAAAGGUCCCAAAGGGGAAACUGGUUUCCCGGGGCCUCCUGGCUUGCCAGGUCCACGAGGAUUACCUGGACCUCAGGUUAUUUGAAGAGCGAAUGUAACUAGUCAGGGACCGGUUCUCAGCUUCGGGACAAGACUGUUGAAUAGCUGAUUUGAAUGUAUCAAUUCUCCAUCCCACAUACAUUAGAAAUGAUAGAGCUCCAACAAGUUGGCCACCUACUAAGUGGUCUCCAUUCCAAACCUCCGCGUAUAUGUCUUUCUCUGCCUAGUAAAUCAUAACUUACUAUA